CGCGGGUAGCUAGUGGGCCAUACUGUGUGUUGAGGUGCUGUGCCAUGUGAGCAUAUACCGUAUUGUACGCAGUUCUGAGCGCCAUCUUGAAAGACGCUGUUCGGGAUCCUUUCUUGACGUUAGAGAAUGCGUCGAAAUGUCCUACCCGCCAUCUCCAGACGGCAUGGAGAUAGGAUGCGGCUCCGAUUCUCCAGCAGCUCUCCGCGAGAGUGGUAAGCGUCUCGGCAAACAAGCCGGACUUCGUAACGGUGUGGUCGUACAUAUCUUCCGCCAGCGCCCACAGCGGCGUAGGAACUCUCGGUAGGGUCAGACUGAAUACAGCAAAUUCGAUCUCCUCAGGGCGAAUGGCUCCUGGGAGCCAUGGAUGUAGCAAGAUGUCCCGAAGACGAAGACUUCCAAAUUUGCGCGCGACUGCUCAAAACUCCGGCCAAGAGACAGAAGCCCACAAGUAACACGAGGAUCCGGGGGGCGUUUGGAAGGACGCGAAACCCCCGGGUCAUACAAUCUUUAAGUAAGCGCGAGUGAUCGCGGCCGGAAAGCGACAGAAAGAAGCAACAUGCAGGCGGAGGGAAACGAGGACGGCAGUGGCAGGAGAAUGCCCAAGAACGAGAUGCAAAGCAGGGGAGAAGGAGAGCAAGAAGCAAAACAAGGUUGGAAGACAGUGGUCCGAGGAAAGCAACACGCAAGCAAGAGCGAUCAAGUCGGGGAAAAAGACUGGCACACACACCAAGGACUGAAAGGGAAACCGGCGGGGAACGAUGCACGGAGUACUUCGACCUAUGCAAACAGGAAAACAAAGACCCAGACAGAGACAAAGCGACCAAGCCGAGCGAGACCAGGGGACCCAGACACAGGAGAUGGGGCGAUGGUUUUUGCCCAGCUACGCUCAUACAUCCGGAACAAAGCACCAAAGGAAUUCGUGACGCACACGGUGCUGAGGCUGAAGGAACUAGCUAAAGAGAGGCGAUUCCAAGAUCUUCUCAAAAAAAGCAACAAACAAGAAGCAACGGUGCAGGAGAAGGAGAAGCUGAGAGAGCAAUGGUCAGAUGAGCUAUCGGACGGAGAACAAGAGAGAUACCAAGGAUUGAUCAGCUGCUGGGACUGUGCCAAGGACCAUCACAUCGAACGGCUGGGUGGAUUGUUAGAGGCAUCGCUACACAAAAAUGAGAUUGACCAAGAUGAAUUAGAAAUACGACUGCGGCAGUUCACUUUCAUCAAUGACCCCACAACGAGCAAGGAAAAAAAUAAGGGCCAGGACACCAACACAUCUUUCAAGGACGUCGUAUCAGGCACCGACAAUAAGUGGCCAACCGCAACGGAAGGAGAGAAGGUGUACCAAAAAUGGUAUGAACUCUGCAUGAGACCAGCAGAGCCAAUAAGAGUCCUACGUGAAAUGACGGACGAGGAAAAGCAAGCAAUCGAGAUGAUAUUAAAUCACCAGCUAGAAGUGCCGAUACCGCCAAGGUUCCUGAUCCAGAUCAUGGACGCAAGGGAGCUAGCGGUUUUCACAGACCUCUUCAUGGCAAUUGAGUACCCGCUAGUGGUCACAGUGACCUUCAAAGGGAAACAUACCGCCAUGAAAUGGGUCGGAUGGGGAAUGUUUCUGGGGAUGAGAAUGCUCACAUUGGUGGACUACGAAACGCAGAGGGAGGAUGCGAAAACCAAAAACACCCUGAUCAAACUGGACUUCUACCGAUUCACGAUCGCAGUGAAGCGAGGAACACUCACAUCGUCUGAUUUGUACUGGGUACUUACACACAAAUUAGGACUCAAAGUACAAGCGCUGGCGCAUGUGGAAACCGGAGGGGGAAAUAUAAAUGACAAACAGUGGAGAGUCAACAUCAAGGCAGCAGCUUGCCCGGGAGAGCUCCGCAGGAUGUCAAUGAUGGUGGUGGAUGACGCCUUCCUGACGAUAUACCAUCAUGAAGUCAACACACACUGGCCAUGCUCUCAAUGCGGAGCGCUGGAACACUCAGGACGUUUUUGCAGGACGCCGCCGGAGCGCAUAAAGGUCACCCAACAAAACCACUCAAUGCAAAUAGACGGCAAAUUGCCGUCGAAGAGAGGGAAAGGAAGCAGGGACUACGUCAGCAGAGAGCGUCCGGUCACCAUUGAGCAACUACUAGAGCAAGUUUCAGAACGGAAGCCCAGAUCCUAUGCGAAAAAAGAGGAACAGUGGAGGGAGAACGGAAAAGACAGCUCGAAAGAGAAUAAGAGGCCGACUUUACCAACAGAAUGGGAGCAAGCAAGGAGCACAUCAGGAGAUUCAGGAGAGAGCAGCAGAAAGGAAGAUGUUCCACAAGAUAGAGAGGAGGAGCAGAACACAAUGAGGGCACACGAAGAAACUGAAGGGGAGGCACCGGUGCAAGACAACAAACAGGAAACCUUGGAAGCUAGCUGCGACUUGGACGAGGGAAUGGAGGACGCUGCAAUGAGCGAACACGAAAACUCCGAAACAGGACCAGCAUACAGCUGCGGUUACCCCAGCACGACUCACGAUCCACAAGCGAAAGCACACGAAACACAUAACGCAGUGCAAGAGGAGACGAAGGAACAGACAGGACACCAGGGCUCGGACACACGCAGAGAGGGACGAGAACCGAAGCAGAAAUCCUCCUCUCCCAAAAGACAACUGUCCGAAAAUUGGAAGCUCCAUGGGGACAACGAGAGAGAUCGAACCAGUAAAGCAGCCAAAAAGGAUUUGACCAACGUGGCAGACGAGUUCAAGGUACACAAAGAGGAAUGCGAAGCAGCGCUCGCAGCAGCAGGGAAAGGAGUUACCAAGCAAGCUGCAGACACGGAGAAGCUCAACACAGGCAAUCACUACCAGGCGGUCACGUACGAUCCCGAGCGAUAUCAAACAUACACAGAUCAGUGGAAGGAGCUCACAGAACGGAGGAACAUCAUACUGAUCAAAUAUGGAGGGAGAGCGUUAGAUGCAGAACCGUUCGAUGGGGACAAGACAGCAAAAGCUGCUACUAAGGAGCUCAAAUCCAUCCGCAGAGCAGACAAAGACGCCAACGCUAAAGGACAAGAAUCGAUAAAUGAGAAUACUAGAGUAGACGAAGGCAACACAACACAAAACUUUGGAGAGAAAGAGAAGCAAAAAGAGCCCAGCGGUAGCUGCCACGAAUGGAUGGACCAAGACCGCGCUACAGCUGACGUGGAAGUGCAAAAGAAACAGCAAAUAGCGACAAUCACGGUGGGCGAGGCAAGCAAGUCGACAACAACAGCAAUCCGCAGCGCACCGACGGCACACUAUCCACCCAGCGUUACAGCACCAAGCGCAAUGAAGGCGCCACGAAACAAGGAAGGGAUCGCAGAUCAAGAUGCCAAGAUAGCGCACGGGUCAGUGCAACCACCCAAGGAGACAACUGAUGGAAGGACAAACUAA